AUGGUUCUCAUACAAGCCAUUGUGCUAUUAAUAUGGAUUCAAUUGGUAUCUUCAAAAGAGAUAUCUGGGAUUUUUAUUGGUUUCGAUUCAUUAACAUGGAAUGCUGCUUCGGAUUUACCCAGUGCAUACCAAGGUCCACAAAUUCCUACCUGGACUGCAGAACUAACAUGGUUUUUGAAUGGAGAAUCUGCUGAACCAGGUGAUACAUUCACAUUAAUAAUGCCAUGUGUAUUCAAGUUCAUUACAAAUCAAAACACUGUUGAUUUGAUUGCUGAUGGCACUACUUAUGCGACCUGUAAUCUCAAUUCUGGAGAAGAAUUUACUACUUUCUCAAGUUUAAGCUGUACUGUUUCAUCUACCUUGACAACAUAUACCCAAGCUCGUGGUACUUUACAUGUUCCUUUGACAUUUAAUGUGGGUAGUUCGGGAACUUCUGUUUCGUUGACUGAUUCUACUUGCUUCAGACCAGGUGUAAACACAGUAACUUUCAGAGAUGGAGACAAUGAAAUUUCAACACAAGCAACUUUUCAAGGUAGUCCAGAUGACCCAUCACCAGACCGUUAUUAUCAAAGAGUUAUUCCAUCCCUUAACAAAGUGUCAAAUCUAGUCUAUCCUCCUAAUUGUCCAAAUGGGUAUUCUUCCGGUGUUAUCAGCUUCUCCUCGAGUGAUUCUAAUUUCCAACUUGACUGUUCCUCACUUGAUGUUGGUAUGACAAAUCAAUUAAAUGCAUGGAAUUUCCCUACUAGUAGAGAUUCUUUGUCUUAUACAAGGAGUUGUAGUGACAAAAGUAUUACUGUUAACUUUCAGAAUGUUCCUGCGGGUUCGCGUCCCUACAUUAGUGUCCUAUCUGCUUUUCUUGGUACCAAAACCUAUUCAAUUAAUUACAAUUUGAGAUACACUUGCAGUGGUAGUAGAUCAAGUUCUGUGACAAAAACUAUAAGCUGGGCUCCAUAUAGAAACAGUUUGGCCGAUUCCAAUGGGGCAGUGGUCGUGUACACUACCAGCACAGUCACUGCGACAACGACCGGAGUUACAACACUUCCAUUCAAUCCAUCAACAGACAAAACCGAAACUAUUCUUGUUCUUGUACCUAUUCCUACAACUACCAUCACUACUUCAUAUGUAGGUGUUACUACUUCAUACUCCACUAUAUCUGCACCCAUUGGUGGUACUGCUACUGUCAUUGUUGACAAACCAUACCAUUUCUACAACUACAAUUUACACAGGAUGGACAGGUGA